GUGUCCGAUUAAUCGCUUCGGAGCGGUUCUCCCCACCGAAACGCAUCUCCAGCAUGGGCGACAGGCUGGGCCGGCCGACCCCUCUGCUGUCCCGUGGCCGUACCUUCGGGUGGUCCACCUCCAGCAACAGCAUCAGUCUGAAGCACUGCGGUCACAACGGCCACGACUUCCUGCACAGCCUGGAGGAGGCAGCAGCGCCAGGCGCUUCUCUCGCCGCCGAGCACUCUCCUGUUUCACUGGAACUGGAGCCCGUGGUGAAUAAUGGAUCAAGAGGACCCGUCGCUCCAGGUGGCCACACAAAGGAGCCACCGGCGCACAGCGAGCGCCGCCAGCCCCUCUCCGUCUCCACCGUCCCGCUUCCCUCCGCCGGCCGCUUCCCGCACAGCCCUUACCACGCCAAGACUAGCAUGCAGGGCGAUGUGUACAACUUCCUAGAGAGACCCGCCGGCCUGAGGUGUUUCCUCUAUCACUUCCUCGUGUUCCUCAUGGUCCUAGUCUGUCUGAUAUUCAGUGUCUUGUCCACCAUUGAGCAGUAUGCGGACUUCGCCACAGGAUCUCUUUUCUGGAUGGAGAUUGUGCUGGUGGUGUUCUUCGGGUCGGAGUACGUGGUCCGGCUGUGGUCCGCCGGCUGUCGGAGCAAAUAUGUGGGCAUUAAAGGCCGUCUGCGCUUCGCCAGGAAACCCAUCUCCAUUAUAGAUCUGAUAGUGGUGGUGGCCUCUGUCGUGGUCCUCAGCGUUGGCUCUAAUGGACAAGUGUUUGCCACGUCUGCGAUCAGAGGGAUCCGUUUCCUCCAGAUCCUGCGGAUGCUUCAUGUGGAUCGUCAGGGAGGAACCUGGAGGCUUCUGGGAUCAGUGGUUUUUAUUCACCGGCAGGAGCUGAUCACCACGCUGUACAUCGGGUUCCUGGGUCUGAUCUUCUCGUCGUAUUUUGUGUAUCUGGCGGAGAAAGAUGCGGUAGACGAGGAGGGGAAGACGGGUUUUUCUAGCUAUGCCGAUGCUCUGUGGUGGGGUGUGGUUACGGUGACUACGAUAGGCUACGGAGACAAAGUCCCUCAGACGUGGAUUGGGAAGGCCAUUGCCUCCUGCUUUAGUGUGUUCGCAAUCUCCUUCUUCGCUCUGCCUGCGGGCAUUCUGGGAUCUGGUUUUGCCCUUAAAGUCCAGCAGAAACAGAGGCAGAAACAUUUCAACCGUCAGAUUCCAGCCGCGGCCUCUCUAAUACAGACGCUGUGGAGAUGCUACGCCUGUGAGAAGUCGGACGGCUGCACGGCCACGUGGAAGAUGUACGUGCUGACGGGGGACUACAUCCCCAUCAUAAACUCAGAGAACUCCAGCCCGGGCAACUUCAGACGACUGGUCACGCGUGAUAACGGUUCUCUGGGUCCCGGAGGAGAACGAGCCCUCUCCAUCCCACAGAUCACCUACGACCACAUCGACGACAAAGACGCCGUGUUUUCUGAGGAGUCCUCUGGUAGGGCAGGCAUCACAAAACUGUUCCGAGCGUCAGGUGAGAGCUUUCUCUCCCGCUCGUGGUCGGCUUUCGCUCUCAGCUGUCCGUCUUCUCCAGUUAAGAAAAAACUGGACGGCCCUGAUAUCUCACGAAACAACAGCCUGGUGGAUGAGCUGGACUUCACGGCUGAAGACGUUGCUCUUCCUGUGGUUACAGACGCUUCACAGUGAAUGGCAUCGCGCAAAUUUCAGUACAAGGUCAUCAGACGGAUGCAGUACUCGCGUUAAUCACGUCCUUGCAAAUUUCAGCAAGCGAGGAAACCGUACGACGUGCGGGACGUGAUCGAGCAGUACUCACAGGGACACCUGAACAUGAUGGUCCGCAUCAAAGAGCUCCAGAGGAGGUUGGAUCACACCUUGGGAAAACCGGGCAUGUUCCUGCCAGAGAAAGGUGUGGAUAAGGAGUAUUUUACAGUGGGAGCCCGACUCAUCCGACUGGAAGAUAAGGUGCUUCAGAUGGACGUGAAGCUGGAGAACGUCCUGAAGAUCCUGACGGAGCAUUUCCAGCCCAACCCGGAGCCGCUGCCGAAGCCCAGCCAGUACAGCUCUCGGGUGACCGUCAUGAAGCGGCUGGGCGUCAGCAUGGACGAGAGCCAGUGACCCGCUCGCGCUAAGCAUUGUGGGAAACCCAAGAACCCGAAGAAGACCUGGCUGUCCCUCAGCAUCUCCUGAACUGUCCGUCUCGAGUCAUUCGAUUGGUUUUAUGCCCCCCGGGGGACUGGAACGAGUCCGCGGGGCCCGUUUCGGACGCUUUUGGCGAAACCUCGAAAUAAUAAUAAAUCACAUUUCCAGCCACAACACCCGCAGGAACAGGAAGAAGACCCGCUCGGGGGAAUGAGCGCUGAUGUACGGCUGCGGCACGGCUUAUCAAAAUAGCAAAACACCCACGACAGAUACUAAUGAAGUUUAAUAGCGCGCCGAGAAAGGAGGCCAUUCGCGGCCGUUUAGACGAGAGCCGAGAUUUGAGCCGAUCUCCAAACGGCGAAAGCUGAUGGAAAAAGCGGCGCAUUUUCUGAAACUGCGAAGGAUCUGGCGCGCAUCCGUUCAUCCUGGGUCUUUUCACCGAACAUGUUGGCCGUUUGCCUAGUUUUUUUUUUUUGUGUUUUUUUUCGUGUGUAAAGCAAAAAGCCACGGAGUGUGUUACAGUCGUGUACAGUAAGGGGUGUUUUUACUCUUAAAACCACCGGAAAAUCACUGCAGCUUGAAGUGGCUUAUUGCUUUUAUUAAACGCCGAUGACAGCAUAUUCAAAAAAAAUGGAAAAAAUGGAAA